CAUGGUGCAUGGUCAAUAGUUGAUGGAAUUCUCCUGACUCAAUCCUUUUUGGUGAAUACAUUUUUUAUUUUUUGCGAUUUUUUCGUGUCAAGAACCCGUGAUUAAAGGCUUAGAGGAUCUAAAAAUAUUUAAAACCUGCGAUGGACAUUACAAAAGAAGUGGAAAGCGCAUUGGAAGACGAGGGUUAUGUAAAAAUCGACUCGACAUCUCCAAGGACAAUGUCCACCUCCUCCUCUCCUGUUACCAUUGGGGAUAAAAAAUCGAGUUCAACCGGCGUCACUUCGGUUUAUUCGCACUCUGUGACCCAAGUAACGAGCCCUGUUCAGCAGAGGAUUCGCACAGACGAUUCAGCGAGUGAUCUUAUGGAAAAUAAAAAUGGCAAAACUUCAGUAAAUGUUCCUUCAACUUCUUCAUCAACGUGGCAAUAUUCUGACCAGGAUCCUGAUGAAAAUGAAGAUUUAACUGGUGGAGUUUGGGGCUGGAUGUCCACUGCAAUGUCAGUUGGAUUACAAACAACGCAAAACAUUGGUAGAAAUAUUGUGGAGAAAACAAAGACUUCUGUUGAAAGUGUGAUCACAACACUUGAUCCAGAAAUGGAGGACUAUUUAUACAGAAGAGAACAGUCUAUAAGCCUGGCUGUAGCAACCACCGAUACAGAAGCUGUAGAAGCAAUAAAAGAUGGAUUCCGUCAAGUUUUUGAACAUGUUUCAGUGCAGUCAAAUUCCUCAACAUCUGGGAUUGCCCCCCUCCCUAUUGGGUUUUCAGCUGGAGUGAAGGGUGCACGGCAUAGAAUAGCCAAUUUAGUGCACGGAAAGAAAGUGCAGGAAGGUCAUGUGAUCAUUGGAGUGGAAGAAAUGUUGUCAGAGCUGCUACCUGGCAGGUGGUUUGGUUUAACAUGUCUGGCACUGAGUGACCCAACCUCAAAGACAGAGCUUGAAACAUUCUCCCAAUCAGUCCAAAUUCCCAGUGUUUAUAUCAAGAAAGCAGAAGAAAGCACACCCUCUAAUUACAACUUAAGAUGGUCAGGCCUAUCAUUUACUCUCGGAGAGGUCAUGUUAGGGUCUGGGCAAGAACAUGGUGAUUGGCAUUCUAAAAUAUCAGGUUCCUCUAAAAGACAGAUUCUUACUUUAGCAGCAAGGAGUUUAGCAGGGCAGUUUAGAGAAAGGUUGAAGGCUAGUGCUGACUCACUGAUGGAAAAUGCAUUAGUUAUGUAACAAGUUAAUACACUUCUAGUAUAUUCAUAUUUGAUUCUAUGCACAUGGUUUUGACUACUAAGCCAAUGUUAUUUAAAUUGUUCUUCCUACUCAACAAGUAUGAUUGUUUAAACUGCACUAGUGGACUUCAGAAAAAUAUCUAGUAGCGUGAAGUGUUUAAGUUACCUUCAAAUGCUUGUUUACUUGACAAGAGAAAGAACAGCAAGCAAACAAACAGAUUAUGCAAAAUUUCACAGUUUACAUUACACAAAUUAUUAUACUUAAUGUAGGAGUUUAUAGAAUCCUUCAACUAUUUCUUCUCACACACAAUGCAUGUGAACAGAUCAUGUGACUGAGUAUGCACCAGGGAAUAUCCACUGAUAUACCUCAAGUUAUUUCCCCAAUUUUCAAAGCCGACAUCCAUAAGUCUUAGUUUGAGAUUUGAUUCAAGGUGAGAAGGUGUUUAGCUGUUGUUAGAGACUAAGGGACUUGUUUGUUUGUUUACAAAGUGGUACCUGAGAGCAUUGAAAGUGAAAAUUCCAUGGACCAAAUGGUAAACAUUUUUUUUUGCAUGUUGCAGAAUUCUUUGAUAGUUAGUAAGCACAGUAGCCUUCAUUUUGCACAAAAAUAAUUAUGCUCAUGUGUUUGUCCUUGAACUUAAACCUUUUUUUUUUGCAGCUCACGGUUUUCCUCCAAGCUAUUUGCAUUUCGGAACAGAUAAUGUACAUGGGCAAAUAUCUGAACAUAUUUUCACUCCAAUUGAAGGCUAUUUACAGUAUUAUAUACUAUUAUAUUUUACUAUAUACUAUUAUGUCAUACUAUAAAGUUAAAUGAAGUGAUUGGAUAUAGGUUAUCACUAGUACCUCGACCACUCAGGCAGCAUGCAGUAUAAUAGUAUUGAUACAAACCUAACUACUUACCUUUCAAAUAUCAUUCAUAAUAGUACUUAUAAUAAAAAGAAUACUUUAUCAAUCCUGGCAAUUUAUUUAAUAUAUAUAAUGUAUAAUCAGAGCCCACAGUAUGGAGGGUACUGUAGUUUCCUUCCUUAAACCCAGAUAAUUGAAGGGAGUUUCAUUGUGCACCUAUUGUGAAUUAUAUUUAUCACUAAUGCUAGAGUUCUAUAAAUAGUUAUUGUACAUUGUUAUGUAAAUCUGUGUUAUGGUAAAUUCAGAGUUUAUUGGUGCUAGCCUAGUGUUAAGAUAACUUAUGGCAAUUUGAAUAGAUCAGAUGUAAAAUAUAUUUUAAAUGAAUGUAGAAUAAAUUGCAUUGAAAAAGAAGUAACACACCUUACUAUGGAAGAAAACAGAUUUGAAAACAAAUCAUUAGUUUCAGGGAUUAUUUUCUGUUAAUUUCUAAAGUAUAAAUGUUAAACUUUCAUUGGUACAUUGACAAAAUGCAUAGAGGAAUAAAGUAUUCAAAAUUUAA